UUUUAAUUCUCGUAAAAAUUAAAGAGAUGAAUAAUAUAUUCCGAUUCAAGUCAUUUAUGCGAACUCCUAUGUUUUGGUUUAGUCAACCUUUACACAAAUUAAUAAGAAACAUUGGUGUUUCAGCUCAUAUAGAUUCUGGGAAAACAACAUUUUCAGAGAGAGUACUCUAUUAUGGUGGAAGAAUUCAUGAAAUUCAUGAAGUAAAAGGAGCAGAUUCAGCUGGUGCAACUAUGGAUUUUAUGGAACUUGAGAAAGAAAAAGGAAUUACAAUUUAAAGUGCUGCAACUCAUUUGAAAUGGAAAGGACAUUAAGUUAAUUUGAUUGAUACACCAGGACAUGUUGAUUUUACUAUAGAAGUUGAAAGAGCAUUAAGAGUGCUUGAUGGUGGAGUAUUGCUGAUUUGUGGAGUGGCAGGAGUCCAACCAUAAACAUUGACAGUUCAUAAAUAAAUGUCUAGAUAUAAGGUGCCAAGAAUCAUAUUCAUAAAUAAAUUGGAUAGAAUGGGAGCAAAUCCUUGGAGUGCCAUAUAGAGUAUUAGAAAGAGAUUGUCAUUAACAGUAGCAGCAGUAUAAAUACCAAUAGGAUAAGAUUAAACAUUUAAUGGAUUAGUAGAUUUGAUUAAAAUGAAGGCUUAUUUUUUUGAAGGAUUAAAAGGAGAGGAUGUAAAGGAAACAGAAAUUCCAGAGAGAUAUUUAGAGGAAGCAAAAGAGAAGAGAUAAGAAUUGAUUGAAACUUUAGGAAGUAUUGAUCCAGAAAUAGAGGAUUUAUAUUUGAAUGAGUAACCAAUUAGUGAAGAGAAAUUAAAGUCAUCAAUUAGAAAAAAUUGUUAAGAACAUAAAUUUUAUCCAGUAUUUAUGGGAAGUGCAUAUAAAAAUAAGGGAGUUUAAUUGGCUUUGGAUGGUGUAGUAGAUUAUUUACCUGCUCCAGAAGAGAAAUAAAACUUUGGAUUCUAAAUAUCUUAAGAUUAGAAAGAGGAGAAAAAGAUUGAAUUUAAAACAGAUCCUAAAUUACCAUUUGUUGGUUAUGCAUUUAAAUUAGAAGAAAAUAAAUUUGGAUAAUUAACAUAUGUUAGAGUAUAUUAAGGUAAAUUAAAGAAAGGAGAUUAUGUUUAUAAUAUGAAAACAAAGAAGAGAGUAAAAGUUGCUCGUAUGGCUAAAAUGCAUGCAAAUUAAAUGGAAGAAAUUAAUGAUGUUGAAGCUGGAGAUAUUUUUGCAGUUUUUGGAGUAGAUUGUUCAAGUGGUGAUACUCUUGUAUAUGGAGAUAUGAAUUAUUAAGUUUUAUGUUCUAGUAUGUUUGUUCCAUAACCAGUUAUGUCAUUAUCUAUUAAACCUACAAAAAAGGAAUAUUCUGCAAGAUUUUAAAAAGCUUUAUCUAAAUUUUAAAGAGAGGAUCCUACUUUUAAUGUUGAUAUGGAUAAAGAAAGUGAAGAAAUUAUUAUUUCUGGUAUGGGUGAAUUACAUUUGUAAAUAUAUGCAGAACGUAUGAGAAGAGAAUUCGAAAUUGAUGUUCAAUUAGGUUAACCAACUGUUAAUUAUAGAGAAACUAUAACAUAAAAAUAAUAAUUUGAUUAUUUACAUAAAAAGUAAUCAGGAGGUGCUGGUCAAUAUGCCAAAGUUAUUGGAUAUAUGGAACCACUUUAAUUAGAAGAAGGUUAAUUCUCUAAUUAAUUUGAAAAUCAUGUUAUUGGUACUAGUAUACCUAAUGAAUAUAUUACUGCUGUUGAAAAAGGAUUCUAUGAAUCAGUAGACAAAGGUCCUUUGACUGGUUAUCCUGUUGUUAAUGUUAGAUUUGUUUUAGAAGGUGGUGAAACUCACGUUGUGGAUUCAUCAUCUAAUGCUUUCAUGACAGCUACAAAAUAUGCAUUUGCUUAAACCUUUAGAUAAGCUGGACCUGAAAUUUUAGAACCAGUUAUGGCAGUUGAAAUUAUGGUCCCAGCUCCUUCUUAUUAAUAGGCCAUGGUUGGUAUUGCCAAAAGAAGAGGAUCUGUUACAAAUACUGAAUCUCGAGGAGAUAUGUUUGUAUUAAAUGCUGAUGUUCCCUUGUCUCAAAUGUUUGGAUAUGCAACUGAAUUAAGAGGUUUUACAUCUGGAUAAGGAGAAUUCUCAUUAGAAUACAAAAGACAUGAUCCAGUUCCACCUAAUGAAAUUGAAACUAUCAUUGCCAAAUUCAAAAAAUAAAAGAGAGGAUAAUGAUUUUGAGUUGUUUUUGUUAAAAUAUAAAUAUUUG